AUGAUAAAGAUAAUAUUGAUGUUGGUUAGUUUCCCUGUUAUAGAGGCUGUGAAGUGCAAACAGUCCAGAGUCAAUGUUGAGGAAUGUAAUUCAUCAUCAGAUUGCACUAAUGCAUAUGAGUGCAGAAAUAAGAAAUGUUGUCAAAUAAAUGGUCUGUGCCCUGUUGGUGGGCCAAAAAGGAACACAGAUGGCUCGAUUUCAACUUGUGACAACGUAAAGAACAAAUGUUCGAAAAAGCAUAUUUGUAAACAGGAUCACAUCCACAAUGUUUCCAUCUGCUGUAAAAUCCAAAAAAUGGCAUGGACAGGGUGGGGGCCAUGGACUCAUUGUCCCUUGGGAUCUACUCCUUUAGACUAUAAAACACGGUCUAGGAUAUGUGUGGAUACUAUGGGACAUCAACUGUCAAGUGAAAAUUGUGAAGGAGAUGCCACUGAAAUCAAACAAUGUUCUUAUUCUGGAAACUAUUUUCAAUUUGGAGGAAGAGUUGGGUUUUUACUUGAGUUUGGUGGAACAGUACAAAAUGAAACAGAAUUCUCCUGGAUUGUGUCUCUUUAUAAAGACAUAAGUUACGAUGGAGAGCCCAUUGGACAUUUUUGUGGAGGAAUAAUUCUCAGUGAUACCUGGAUUAUGACAGCAGCACACUGUGCUUGCAUUGGACGUCAUUGCUGCAGCAUCAAUACUAAUACUUUUUUGUAUGAAAAGUGUGACUUGAAACAUUGGUUUGUUCUUCCUGGGAUUUUAAAAAUUCCGAAGGUUGUUCAUCUGGAAACAGGAAUUGAAAUCAAACAAGUAAUUGUCCACCAAGACUAUAUGGUUAAAGAAGAUGGGUCAAGAAUGAAUGAUAUCGCUCUAUUGAAACUUGCAUCUCCACUUAUUUUUGAAUCAAAUAUACAGCCUUGUGUUUUACCCAAGAGUUUAUAUGCAUGUAAUGACAGUUGUGCCAUUGAUAAGUCUGGUGAUGCAGCAGCACAAUGUAGAGCCACCUGUGCAAGACACCUGGAGGAAGCCAUCCAUCAAGACUGUAUGGUAGCUGGAUGGGGAGCCACACCAAAAAGUCGUGGCAAGCCGUCAGAUGAUCUUAACUGGUUGAGGGUAUUUAUGAAACCUAGUAGGGGCACAUCAUUCACAGUUGACACAACAGGUGGUGCAGGUGGAACACCAUGCCAGGGAGACAGCGGAGGGCCUCUAAUGUGCAAACCUAGAAAUAAAGAUUUUUUCGUUGUAUUUGGAAUCAUGAGUUCUGUAGAUUUGGAUGAAUGUGUGAAACGUGUUGUGAAAAAUGCCAAUGAAAUUGUCACUACCCAUACUGUAGUACCAAGCUACAUGAAUUGGAUAGCAAGUAAAACAGUUGGUUGGAGUUCAUGGGGAGACUGGGGAAAGUGUUCCCUAAAAUGUAAAAAGUGCACUUCUGAAUGUGGAGUUGGUAGAAAACAAAGAUCAAGAGCAUGCAGGUUUAGGGAACAUACCUUUGACAACCAUCAGGAGCUUUAUCAGAGUUUUAAGACAAAUUGUAGUGUAGUAGAAGUAGAACCAUGUUUCUGCAAUGCAUGCUGUAAUGUUGACAUAGCUGUUGUUAUAGACACAUCAAAAGGAAUGACUGAGAAAUCCUUUGAACAUGGAAGGAAAUUUGUUAAGCACAUAAUUGAAGAAAGUAACAUUAACUACACCUGCGGUAUUCAGUUUUCUAUAUUAACUUACAACAGUGAUGAGAAUACUAAAGUCAAAGUUGCAUUAAAGGACAAGUCGUCAAAGGUUCAUUUAAAUGAAGUGAUUGAUAACCUAAAUAUAUCUGUGGAACCAUAUAGAUACACCAACUUAGGAAUUAAAACAGCUCAGAAUCAGCUGAAAAUGGGUAGAGAAGAGGUUUGGAAAAUGAUCCUCCUAGUAACCAAUGGUCACUCAGAUGAUCCAACUACAAUUCGGGAAACUGAUAAAAUCAAGCUUGAAGGAACACACAUAUUUGUUUAUGGCCUCCCACAAUCUAAUGCAACAUCAUACCAGGAAACUUUAAAAGAAUGGGGCUCUUUAGCAACCGAGCCAACAGAAUGUAAUGUUAUUGAAGAAGCAACGCAUGAUGAUAUGGAUAUGGACGGAGUUCUUUUCCAUCACCAUAUCAAUGAUCACUGUGGAAAAUCAAGUGAGCUUCAUGCAAUGUGUAAGAAACACACACAUACUGAGAGAGAAAUGUGCAAACGAUGCUCAAAAUGCUGCAAGGUGGACAUCGCACUAGUUCUUGAUAAAUCAACUAGUUUAACUACAGAUACCCUGGUAAUGAUAACUGAAUUCCUCAGUGAUCUUCUAGAUGACAGCUAUAUCAACUAUGAUUGUGGUCUCCAAUUCACUGUUAUGACAUACACACGUAAAGUGGUCAUUCAUGUUAAAUUGACUGAACGCCUGUCAAAGUCUUCAGUCAUAGAUGCUAUGAAUAAAAUAUCCACUGAAACAGGAGAGUAUACAAACACACCAUUGGCUUUGCAAAAAGCUCAACAACAAUUACUCAAAGGGAGAACUGAUGCUGUCAAAGCAAUUAUAUUGAUGACUGAUGGAGAAACGUGGCUACCUGGUAAAACAUAUCCAAACAGUGAACCUACAAUACAGAUAGCCAAUGAGAUAAAGAUGGCGGGAACAAAAAUUAUUACCAUCGGUCUUGAGCACUCCGGUAAAGGAAGAGAUGGUGGAAAAUCCCCAUUGGCUUAUGAGUUGGAAAGUGUUGCAUCAAAUGAUAUUGCUUGCAGUACUAUAUUUGUACAAGAGGAAGUUGGUCUGAAAUUCCUGGGAACCAACAUGCUUAGUGGUUUCCAUAUUCCUGCAUUGUGUGGUCAACAAGGUGAAAUUGAGAGAAAAUGUCAAUUAACAGAAAAUGCUGAUGAGCCUGUAUGCUCGACAUGUGUCCUUGGAGAUGUCUGAGGUUUCUACAAUGCAGAAUGUACCAGUGGACUUUAUGGACCAUGUAAUCAAUUAUUGUCAAAAAUGACUACAAAAUACAAGGAUGAACUACAUAAUGUCAAUGCUACAAGUUCAAAUAAAUAUAUCCAUGAAUGAA